UUGCUACAGUUCUUCAAGAAGCGCAAGAUGGCACUUAAGUUGAGUCUAUUAGCGGCCAUUUUGUCGAUCAGCUUUGUUUCUGGCCAAGAUCCUACGGCGCAGUUUAAAUUCAACGUUGUUGAGGUCAAAAAUGUACCAGGUAAUCCGUACUUUGAUGAUUGGUCAGCUGUGAUUCACAGCCCUGACACAGUCAGUGUCAAAUCACCUGUGAAGAAAGAUUUGCCGGACAAUAUGAUGAUGGAGGCUAAAGUUAAAUUUGCCGGAGAUGAUGUAGGAGGAUUAGACAUUCUUCUUUGCGAGGCAUUCGAAGAUGAAACUUACGGAAAAGAUGUGCUGUCACAUGGAAUACCCAAGGGAGCUUUUCCCCAGUUGUGUCCAGUCAAACCUGGUAGCAACUUUGAAUUAAGCAAGGUCACGAUUGGGAAUGACAAAAUACCUCCGGGAUUCCCGGAUGGCGAUGUCGUCGCUGAUAUCACCAUGUAUGAACCUGGAAAAGAUCCGUAUGUUACUAUUCAUGUUGAAGGAACUUUGAGUCACUCAGUACCUGGAGUACCUGGAGUACCUGGACUUGGACGUUAA